AUGGAUUCGUCAGGAAAAGGAGUCCCUAUCAACUGUACAGCGGGGGCUAUUCCGAUCAAAAAUGAAAAGGGUGAGUACAGCAGUCUACUAAGCAAACUUCCCUGUGCAUUAUCCUUUCAUCAUAAUGUUUUUUUUUAUCAUUUCCAAUCCUCAACAGGAGAGUUGACUAUGCAGAAAGUGAAAGUCAGCAGAUAUGUAGCUGGCAAACGGUGAGAAUACUGUACCUAUUUAAUAGCUUAGUAAAUAAUGCGAAAUUCUUGGUGCAUACAUACAUACUUUAUUAGUAUUCCCCGGGGGGCUUUUCAAUACUAAACAGCAAAGAACAUUAUAAUAAAAAAUGAAUAAAAUUAUAAAAAGCGGUCAUUAAUUAAAAUAAUUCUCUAGCAUGUGCGUUAUAAAUCUUUGUCUAAAUUGUUCCAAAUGUUGACUGCUCUAUGGAGGUAACGUCGCUGUCCUGACUUUGUCUUACCUGGAGGAAUAUCAAGGGAUUCACUGUUUCUAGCGUUAUGAUGGUGAAUAGACUUGCGUCUUUGGAGAGACUCACACAUGUAUGUGAGGGCCAGGCCCUUCAUGCACCAAAACGUCAUUACAGUGUCUCUGUAGUGGAGAUGCUCAUUUACCGGUAGCCAUUUGAUCUCACAUAACGCAGGUGGUAUGCGCUCUAAUUUCUUUCUUUUUGUUAUGAUUCUGCACGUGAAAUUCUGAACAGCUUGAAGCUUCUUGAUGUCUGUGACAGUUGUGUUUGACCAAACUGUAGAGCAAUAGAACAAUUUGCUUAGGACUAAAUAAUAAUAAUAAUAUAAUAAUUCAUGAAUUUUGAUGAAAUUUAUCAACAAAUCUAAACCCCCAAUCUUUCACUACCGCAAAUUUCAGCCCUGAAUAUGCCAAGUAUUCAAGCGAUGAGGAGGAUGAAGAUGAUGAAGUAUUCGGAGAACCAUUUAUGAAAGAACGAGAUGUUGACGAACAAGAAAUGGACAAGGUAUUGCUUUAGAAUGGUAUUGGAAAUGAAAGAAGUCCACUUCAGGCCAUAACAAGUAUUUAUUAAAAUAUUGAAUGAAUUCAGACGCUGAUCUCAAUUCCAGCCAAACUAAAUUCAAAAGGACAAAAAUGCUCAUUUUGGUCAAACUGCUUGCAAAAUACAUUAUUAUAAUUUAUGCAUUAGGUUCGGUACAUGAGAAGUUCGGCUUCUGAAUCAAAGCCAAUCCAAAGUCAUUCCACAGUCGGAAUUCCUGGCUAGGCUAGGCGUGAAGAACGGCUGAACCAUUCCAAAUUGAAAUAGGGAUUCCUAAUUGAUUCAGACGUCGAAUUUUUCAUGUACUUAAUUCAGGGCUUCUGAUAUUUCGCGGAAAAAAACGCAAAAUUUCGCGGGAUUUUCAGGGGCAAAUUCGCGGAAAAAUCGGCGGAUUUCGCGGGAUUUUCGCGGAAAAAAAGUCAAAACUUGCGGCAAAAUUGGCCGAUUUCGUCGGAUUUUCGCGGGAAAAAGUCAAAAUUCGCGGAAAAAUCUGCCGAUUUCGCGGGAGAAAAGUCAAAAUUCGCAGGAAAAUCGACCGAUUUCGCGGCAUUUUAGCGGAAAAAGUCAAAUUUCGAAGGAUUUUCAGGGGCAAAUUCAUAGAAAAAUCGGCCGAUUUCACUGGGGGUUUUUUGGCAAAUUUCGCUAAAAACGAUCAAUUUUGCGUCGAUAUGACCAGCGUUGUUUAACGUUUUUUUAACAGGGAUAAUCAUUUGCUCCUUCAACAACAGUUUGCUCGAGAAAUGAGCGAAUGCUAAAGUUGUUUACAUUGUGGUUAGUGCCCAGUUUUUCGCAACGUUCAUCUAAGAACGCCUGUUAGUUUUGGGACGUUGUUUACUCGUUGCAGUGACGAAGUUUCAAGAUAAAUUUGGACAUUUGGGGUGAAUAGAAAAGGUCUAAUAGCCAAGAUAAGUAUUAAAUAUGUUUUGCCGACAUGGAUUUGGAAAUAUUUCUUGCGGAUUUCGCGGUAUUUCGCGUUUUUGGGGGAAUUUCGCGGGAUUUCGCGGAAAUGCCUGAAUUUCGCGGGUCCGCGACCGCGCGAAAUAUCAGAAGCCCUGUUAAUUCAAUAAUUAUAUUAGGUUCGGCUUAUGAAAUGAAAAGAUCGGCGUCUGAACUCGGCCUUAGUUCAUGUAGCAUUACAUGUACCUCUGAGACUUAAGAAAAUGGGCAAUGGUGUAAGUAAUUUUAAGUUUCUUUGAGUGAGUUUUCUCCGAGCUUGUCUUCAGCACACUAUUUAAAUGGAAUUUCUUAAUUGUCAUAUUUGUUAUUGCAAUAUUAUUAACUCUCCACAAAAGAAGUCAGUUCUCUCUUAAUGUGCAUAGUUAUUGUUCAUCCAUAGUAGCAACAUGCUGCUCUUUUACAUUACCUAUUAAUGUUGAAAUCAGGACAACUGCUAGCUAAAUGGAUUGGAGAAUUUGUCGUAGUUAUGGAUAAUGCUUAAGAUACAGUUGAUUAACUCUCCACAAAACCUACAGACUUUUACAGAAGAAAACUUCUGAUGUUACACACUCAUGCUUUUAAGAACCAUUUACGGUGGAGGGCCAUGUUUUGUAGAAGUUGAAUAUCUGGUCAACCUCAUCACAUGCUGAAGCCUAGAAAUAUUCACAGGGCUCGAAAUUAAAAAAAUCCUCAGGUCACCUUUUGGCGACCAACUGGAGAAAUAUAGUCGCCAGAUGCAAAUUUUUAUUUGCCGGUUUCUAUAAUGUAAAUGAUGCAGCUCAGGGCUUGUGAUACAUUUCGUGCGGUCGCGAAGCCGUGAAAUUCAGGUAAAUGUGCAAAAUUCACAAAAGCACGCAUAAUACUGUGAAAUUCAGUAGAAAUCUUAUCACGUACAUGUCUGUACAACAUAUUUGAAAGUUAUCUCAGCAAAUUUAUCUUGACACUUUGUCACUGAAACGUGCAAACAACAUCCCAAAACUACCAGGCGUGGGUCACGUUGCGAAAAACUGGGCACUAGCCAUGAUGUUAACGGCUUUGCCGUUGGUUCAUUUCUGGGGCAUAUUGUUGUUGAGAGAGCAACAAGUCUAAAAUAUAGAGAAAUCUGGUCGCCACUUUGGCAACUAAACCAGAAUUUUUAGUCGCCAAGGAGAAAAUGUUAGUCGCAUUGGCGACCGUAUCAGUCGCAAUUUCGAGCCCUGAUUCACUUGAAACAUCAUGAUUAAUUGUCAUCACAAGACGCAGUAUUGUCAAACAAAAAGUAGUACUGUGUCACAUGUAGUAUUGUACAUAUGUAAUUUACCAUAAUGAAUAACUAGAACCUUAUUUUGCAAGACCUAUUACACUCUUUACACACUCCUUACUUACUCUUAUGUUUUUGUCUGUUCAUUAGGUUUUCCAGAAAGCAGAAAAGACAGAUAGAAGAUUACGACGACUACAAGAAAGAGUUAAAGAUGAGGAUGAUGAAAUGUAGGUGAUGCUGAUGGUACACUGUACAUUUACAUUCAUAAUUUUGUUCAUAUAAAUAUCAUCUGAAAUGUUAACUGUCACCUGUUUGAAAGUAUCAUCAUUGAAGCCAUUUGUGAAAAGCAAGCAAACCUGUUCAUUAAUAUCAUAUAUUGAUUGGCCUGGCAUUAAAUUGCAUAAGAGGCUGAUGUACAGGGUUGGGUGCUUGUCCAUUAGACAGAACAAGCUAACCAGACAAUUAAAGUCAUAAAGAGAAUUUAGCUGUCAAUCAAACCUGCCCAGCCAGGUCAGUCUAUAUUACCUGGAAGUGGUGGUUUUCUAGCCAGUCAGUUCAGUAUUUUGUUAAGCACUCUGAGAGGCUUAUGCACCCAUUUGUUACAUGGUAAAAUAUUUCAAAAUCAAUAUGUCUCUGCUAACUGUGAUAUACAAUCAUGUCACCAUAAACAGAUUUUUUUCUCGACAUAAACUGUAGUCUGAGAUGUCACUCAUUUUCUAUUCAGUCUUUUACUUUUCAUUUCAUCAGGGAAGGUCACAGACGUCGACCUCAUGAACCUGAAGUGAUUGCCAUGGGAGACGAGGAGGCAUCAGGUGAAGAGGUAUGAAGUUUACUUUUUCUUACGAUAGGCUAAUUUAGAUCCAAUGACAGCAACAGCAAUAUGAACAUUAAAAAACAAUAGGUUUUAUCUUUACACUUACAUCGCACUUUUUUGUUUAAGUCUGUGUUGAUCCAGGGCUCGAAUUUAAUUUUUGAAUCACUAACCCUUCGGGUUAGUAGACAUAUUUUUUACUAACCAAAUUGUAAAGUUUGGUAUCCAAGCUCACAACUAAAAAAUAUUGACAAUCUUGAAAUCUCAAAUAUUGAACAUUUUGUCAAUAACCACUAGAACAAAUUAAAAAGUAGUCGAAAUUGCAUGGUGACCUUAAAAAAACUUUGACAAUUAAGCGCCUAGUUUAUUUCCCUCUCGUUUCCCUUGAAGAGACCAGCAUGAUUUAGGCAGUGAAGAACAGUACAUCUUCAGCACAUUCUCUAACAACAGUUUGAGUUGAAUGAUUCAACAAAUUGAGUAUUCUAAGUAUUCCUUAGUCUCGUCAAACUGAAGCCACGCAAAUGUUUAUUUCCACUCCUGUCGAAAUGAUCGGCCCUCUUGUUUCCUCUUUUCUUCGUAACGCUUCCAGGAGGUCGAGUCUUCCAUAUCUUCUGUUGUCUUUGGUUCCUUUUCUUGACAUUCUUCUUCUUCACCACAGUUACUUUCAGCUGGAGCCUGCCUUUUUCCAAUAAAUCUAUCCAAAGAACUCUGCAUAAUUCAAUGCCAAACUGCCAGUUAACCUCGCAAACAGUAAUUUUGAAGCGAAGAUGGCGGAUCCGAUAUUGUAGUGUCCAGAUCCCCACAUUCGACACAAACUCGUCUCCAGGGCCUUAGCGCUCAAAAGGUCUGAAAAGUUCGAUUCGAUCGCAAAGAUGGCGAGAACAAAUUGUGGAGACAGAAAACAAUCUCAUGCAAGAAAACAACACAAAAAUCGUUCUUAAAAAUUAACAUUUACUUGUAAAAAGGUUGUUUCCAUAACAUAAUUUAAAUAUUUAAGAAAAUUUUUACUAACCGUUGGUUAACGGGUUACCGUUUAUUUCAAGCCCUGUGAUCUGUAUGGUAUGACUACAAUAAUUUCAUGUUCUAUGGAGUACCAGUCAAGUGCCAAGAAAAUUCCAUUUCUCUUUCUGAACUUGGAUAUGGUUCUUUGAAGUUCAACUUCAGGAGAGUUUGACUACACUAGAUGAAGCAAGUGAUUUGGAAUAGAUGCAACAUAUUAUGCAGCUCAGCUACAUCCUAGGCUCCAUUGCUAUGUUUUUAAUAGACCUCUUUCUUUACUACAGUAGUGUCACUCAACCCUCUUAAUAACUGUUUUACAAAUGUAGCUGUGUGGUAGUUAUUUUUGACUUGAAUCUUAGCAAUACCAACUCCCAACACAAAGAAGUUGUUUUAAAGAUAUUUAAAACCAUAGAUUCCUCAAAAAAACAAUUUUUUGCAACCUGUGGAUAUGUUGUCGUUCAAUUUUAUCCUUGGUUCAAGUUUUAUUUCCCAUUGUUUCAAACUCAUUAUCAUAACUUACCAUACCCCAAAACAAAGGGAAAUAAAAGUUAAACCAAGGAUAAAAUCGAACCACAACAGAUACUUACAUGUAAAUUAUGUAAGUAAUCCAUGUUGCAUUAGUUUCAAUGCACAGUGAUUACAACAAUAAAUUACAGCCAUGAGGUAUCUGAUAAAAGCAAAAUUUUUAAAUAACAGGAUGAACGAGAACCAAGGAGAAGAGUGCAGCGAAUGGAGGAAAGCAGGUGCGUGUUAAGUAUUUAUCCCACAUUUUUAUCUUUCCCCUAAAAUGCUACAAAUCUGAAAAAAUUAAUAUAACAUCUCUAUACUGUACACCAUAAUUUCUCACAGGAUUUUGUCAAAAUGCAUUUACACAAAUGAGUACCAACCCAAAAUUACAAUGCACCCUUGAAGCAACAGUGCUGCCCUUUGUUGAAAUUUUUUUAACUCAUUAUAGCCAAAUGGUAUUUUUUUCUUUUCACUGAGAUUUUGCAUGACCAAUUCAAACGUGGUGCUCAAAUAAUAAUAAUUUUUUACCAGUGUUUGUCAGGAAGUAAGUGUUACUUUCACACAUAAGUGAACACUUGGUAUCAUUCCAACUUAGAUACACUUUGUAUUUUAAUGCUCACAACAUUUUUAUGCCAGUUUGCAUAAUCCAAGAUUUUUGAUAAACUGGAAGCACUGAUUUUUUUCUGAAAAUUAUAAAAUGAUUAUUGAAAGUAAUGGCAAGCAUUCCUAGUGGUAUCCCGUGAACUUUACUUUUACUUAAAACUUCAUUUUAGUAAACAUACAUGUAACAAUGCAACAAGUGUCAGCACAAAAGAGCUGUUAAUACCAGUUGGUCAUAAAUAUCCGACUUACAUUUCUUGCCCAUAUCCUACAAAAUUAAUGCUAACUACCUGUAUGGUCAGAUGUGAUGAUGAUGAUGAUGAUUUUGGUAAUCAUAAUAAUAAUUAUUAUUAUUAUUAUCAUUAUCAUUAUUAUUAUCAGCAUGUAAAGAAAGUAGUGUCCGAUAGCCCGGGUCUAAUAGAUUUUGCUAUCAGGCUAGUGAGUUCUGUUAUUAACUUGCCCGACGGGCAAAUGAAGUUUUUCAGGUAUUCAAAUUACAGAAGAACUGUUAAAUCAAUUCUGCUCAUCAAAAUGUAUUUGGGGCUAGUUGAAUUGACGUUUGGGCUAGUAUAUGCUAGCUUCAGAUUGCCCGAAUGGCUAGCUUUAAAAAUGACUUUCUUUCCACCCUGUAUUAUGAUAAUAUUGGAAAAUUUAUAAUGCACCAGUAUCUAUAUGGAUAUAAUCAAAAUAAUGUGCUGAUGAUGAUGAUGAUGAUGAUGAUGACAGGGCGGAUCAAAUUAAUACUAAAAACUAUACGCUGUACAUGUACUAAAAGUGAACAUUAUGAUUGUCCAAUUUUUUUUGUUUGUCCAACAUAAAUGGUGUCCUGGUCAGAAAUUAGUAUGUCCGUUUUACAAAGAAAAUUAUUUGCAGAUCUGCAGUGAUGGUUAGUUUCCUGUUAUUGUGUUAUCAUUGCUCAAAUCAAGUGAAAGAAAAAACACUCAUACAGGCAUAUACUAUAAUGAUACGUUUCCUAUAAAACGCCUUGUAUUGCAGAAGUGACAGGGUUACUGUUCAGGAACGUGAAAAAAUGGAACUUGACCAGGAACGAAAGGAAGUGGAGAAAAAGAAGAAUGCUGAAGAAAGAACAAAAAUAUCACGAAAGGUAAGUUGAACUGUUGUUUUUUUUUUUCUUUAAAAGAAAUGGUAGCAGAUCUAGACACAGGCAAAACAUUACUGAAAUCCAUAAACAUAAGUGGCAAUGUUACAUGCUUCGAUUGGAAAUCAGGGUGAAAUUAAAAUUGUUCCCCUUAUUUUGCUCUGAUAACCCUCUAAAUGAUCUUUUCAUGGUUUCCAUGAUCUUGGCUGUUCCGCCCCAAAAUGAUGGUUAAAGCCCGUUUCAGCCAAGAAGCUUCAGAAUUGCUAAACCUGAAGCAAAUGGGCCAGGAAAUUAUUUUAUUAUCGCUUGGAGCCCAUGUGAUGUUUUCAUUACAGUUGUUUGAAACUUACAGGCCUCAGUUGUUCAAAAGUUGGAUAGCGCUAUCCAGCGGAUAAGUGGUGCGAAGACCAAUAGAGUACUAAAGUGAUGACAUCAUAACAAUGAAAUUCCUUAAAUUAUGGGAUUUGUCAGGAUAUUCUGAAAGAACAAUGUCCAAGAGGCCUACUUGCCAAAAAUGAGCAUUUUGGGGCAAAUUGUCUCUGAGAUCGUAGCCCAGUUAUGUCUAGAAAACUCUAUACAAACCCUUCUAAAUUUUUUUGGGUCAACCCGAAAAAAAAUUAAAAGGGUUUGUUUUGAGUUUUCUGAGUAUAACCGGCUAACAUCUCAGAGACAAUUUGCCCCAAAAUGCUCAUUUUUGGCAAGUAGGCCUCUUGGACAUUGUUCUUUCAGAAUAUCCUGACAAAUCCCAUAAUUUCAGAAAUUUCAUUUUUAUGAUGUCACACUUAAGUUAUCCAAUGGAUAGCGCUAUCCACCUUUUGAACAACUGGCGCCGUUACUACAGUCGACUCCCGCUAAGUUGAACCUUCUUGAGAAAUAAAAUAAAAAGGUUCAAGCUAUCGGGAGUUCGAAGUGAAUAACUGCAAAUAAGAAAAUAGGCAAAUGGUAUGUGGAAAGAAUGCAAGUAUCAUGCACACUUCACUUCAAGGGCAGCAACAGAUAUUUUGAUGUUUCGAAAAAAGAAUUAAGCAACAAAGCUUGAGUAAUAUAUAGGGAUGGACACUGUAUCUGAACGGAACUGACAAAGAAUACACGGGUGCUUACUAUUUACAUGGGAAACCCCGGAAAUUUGGUUGGAAAAUCAAAUGGUUCACGCCCUCCCGUUUGAGAAGGCUUCAGAAAAACGGGCUUUGUUUGGAUGCGAUGCAAUUUUUCAACUCUUUUUGGUCUGUUCAGCCAACAUGGAUUUACUUUGUAGCGAGUCGUUCUCCCUCCACGUCAAAUUUUAUAUUUUUACGUUUAUGCACAAAAGUUUCACCCCGGAUGGUUUCUGUAAGUGGUAAGCCACCCCACCCUUAAGAUGGUUUCAAAAAGCUAAUGGUUAUAAGUUUGUAGUGCUAAGGAAAACAUAAAUGUACAUGCCUUUAAAGCAUUUGUGCUUUUCUCUCCGAUGCACAGCUUGUUGAAGAGCUACUUAGAAAAGAAUUACAGGAGGAACAAGAAGGUAAAGGGCUAUCUUAACUUAGUGUCUUUUAAGCAGGCAGCAGUGUUCAAGACCCUGCUAGCUAAGUUCUCUCAUAACAGAAAAAAAUGAGUGGAAGGAGAAAGACCUCUUGCUGGCCCCUGACGCUUUCUCCUAAGUUGCCGACGGAGGCAAACUAGUUGGUUAUUUACCAUCAUCACCAAGGGGUUAAACUGACGAGGAUACUAAGAACAACUUUUCCUUAGUCGCCAGAGCUGGAUUUCACCUUGUGGCGCCCCAAGCCAGUUGAAAUCCAGCUCCCAAAACCACUAAGCCACGCUGACUCACCUUCAGAUGAAAAUAGUAGUGUAUAAUAAAUAUGGAGUUUACAUGUAAGCUACCAAGACGAGAAAGGUAAAGACAAGGAAAACAACCACACUGUACGUGCACUAUAAUUAUCGGCACAUUUUCUUUGCCGUCAGUACAGGCCUGCGAUGUUCUAUCGAGGACGUUAACGCAAAAGAACUUUUUCUUUUUUUCUAAACUUUUAAUUCAAUACGUUCUUAGGAAGUCAUUUAAAAGCAAAUUAGCCAGCAUUUAACAAAUUGAAGGAUGUAGAAUAUUAACGAUGAACUUUGAAACAUCGCGAUGUCGCUUUUUUUCUCUUUUGCCGUCGUUCUCGUGGUUGCUUACGUGCAAGCUCUCCAAUAAAUGUACAACAACGGAAAAUAAGAUAACCACUCAUACUCGUAACUUUGUGUUUAUGAUUAUUUCCUGUAGUUGAUGAUAUAGAAGACAUUAUAAUAACUGACGAUGAAGAUGAUGAAGAAGAGGUGAUUACCAUGUGAAUUUAUUGUGAGAAACCUUUUUGCCACUGCCUAUCAAGAGCUGUUGCAAUAGUCCCUAAAAAUUGAUGUUUUCAUAUAUUGAUUCCAAUUACACCCCAACGUGUAGUAAUAGAGACCUUUAGAUUCAAGGACGAGGACGACUACGAGUACGAGAUUUGACUUAAAGUUUUUUCGCGUAUUUUUUAAUAAUAGACACCCCGGAAAGCUUUAUUGUACUUCCUUUCCGCCAAAGAAUAGAACAGUUAUCUUUAUUGAAGGAGAUUAAGCCAUCCCCGGCCCCAAAAUGAUAAACCUCUAACACUUUACUACUUGUUUCCGCCACUACGAAAUUCUCGCUAAAACUCGUAGUAGAAUGGUGACGACCUGCACGUUUUCCCGCCAAAAUGACCCUGGUUCACGUGCGCGCACUACUUAGUAUUGAGAACAUCUUGUACUCGUACUCUUACUCGUCGUCUUAGAAUCGAAAUGCCUCUAAUACCUCAAGAGAUGACAGUAUUUAGGUUCUCUUUACUUUGUCUAUUUAUGUUAGUUUCGAACUGUCCUGACUAUGAUUUUAAAAGGUCAAGGUAAAGAGUCCUUAUCUUACGUCGGUUGGCUGAAAUAGUCAUCCUCUGACUAACAAGCCUGGGCCCGAAUUCCUUCCCCCACCCCUCCUUCUCUCCAUCGGUGUAUAUCAAAAGCUACACUGAAAGGAGAGUUGCCCUCAUUGGACUAAAAUCUGAAAGUCAUAAGUUGCUGUUACUUUCAGGGGCAUCCGGUAGAAAGGAGAGAUUCUACAAACCUAUUUUUGAUUAAAUGUAGUAGUUUAGAAAAUAGUACAGUCUUACGAUCUCAGGCCAGCGUUCAUACAACUCAGGCCGGGCAGUCUCGUCGUUCUCUCAUUUAUCCAGCCUGUAUGAAGAGAUAAUGAGGCCCCACGGUGUCGUAGUGUCUGAAUAACGAAGAGGGUCGAUAAGCAGCCAAUUUUAACUCACAACAUCUUCCAACAAUGUUGAGCGGUAGAGCGAAAUCACCUCGAUAUUUGCAAUGCAUUCAUUAAAUGGUAGUAGAUGUGGAGACCGGUUGAAUCAUUUGAAUUUGAUUUUUUCUUCUGAAUAGUUUCGGGCAAAUAAUGAGCACCCACACAUUUGUCGCACUACUCCAAGAAAUCACCUAUAUUUAGGCAGAGAAUUACAUCUUAGAUAAGCUGCAUCUUACCUUUGUUAUAUCCUUUGCUUUUAGUAUGAGGCGUGGAAAGUUCGCGAACUCAAACGGAUCAAAAGAGAUAGAGAUGAAAGAGAACAGUAAGAUAAAUCUAUCUACUAAUAACUUGAAUGAAUUAAAAGGAAUGGCAAAGGAAACAUCUACUUUUAAUUCUUUUGCGAUGAUAAUUUAUAAACUCAGUUGAUAAACUUAUUUGCGUGUCAAUGUAUUUAGUACGAAAGUACUAACUGGGACACUAGAAUACGUCUCUUACUGAACACGGAACCGCCAUUUCAUGAGGUCAUCUGAGCCACGCGAAGUUCUUGCCGUUUGCAGGACAAAAGGCAGUAGAAAGGUUAAGCAUCACGUUUACGGCAAACGCGAAAUUGCACCACGUGAGCAAGUUUCCUCGUCGUUUGCUGUUCAUUAUUUCUACACCUAAAUUAGUUAUUUCACGUAAUUUUCAUCCAUAAGAAUUGUUUUGACCUGUUUUUAUCUGCUCAUUUUCUAUUUUGAGAAAUUCUCACCUUGAAUCUGACGUUUGCCUUUUGCUAUACACGUGAAGCUUAAACUCUCUCGUACCUUCAUUUCUCAGUUAUUUUAAGACUCUGAGUAUUGGUCCGGCCCUGGGAAUUGAAUCCGCGACCUCCCGCUCUGCAGUCAACCGCUCUACCGACUGGAGCAGCAGCUUAUCUUGCCGCAGUUAAUUUCAACUCAACUCUGCUUGCAACCUUUACAGUUCGUUGAUUCUUCUUUCUUACGUUUAGAAUGGAGAAAGAAAGACAGGAAGUCGAACGUCUUCAUGAUCUUACUGAAGAUCAGUGGAGAAGUGAAGUUAGGAACAAUCCUAAAGUUAUCACGAACAAAGCUGUUAAAGGAAAAUACGGCUUUUUACAGAAAUACUAUCAUCGUGGCGCCUUUUUUUUGGUAAGUUGAUUUCCCGUUUCACUGCACUCAGCUGCAAUUCCGGACAAAAGUCCUUGGAACAGUGAAUUUUCUGUACAUUCAGGGUUCCCUCAUAACGCAGUGUGGCCUUUUCAAAAAUAUCUUGCCGUUCUCCCUCCCCACACCCUAUACAAUGUUGAAACACGAAAAAGUUUUGGAUACACGCGUCCAGCGUUUUUUGUGGGGUGGAGAAGGGGUUGGGUAUGUAUGAUUUGAAAAAAAGCCCCACAGAUAGACUCGCUUUGUAAAGAUCGCGGCAUGUUAAUUAAAAGCAACAAAACUCAACUUCGCGAUAACAUUGCAUCCAAGCCAGCCGCCUGGUUAGCUGGAAUACUGGUGUCAAAAUGGUGUAAAUAUGCAGUAGAACUUCUCCACAAUGACCACCUUGGAGGCAGAAGAAAGUGGCCUUUGUGGACAGGUGGCCUUUAGUGGCGGUUCGACUGUACCGGAAUAAAAGUCAUCUCAGCAAAGGUAGCCAUGUUCCGGCUCGUUUCACCAGCACCUUAGUUGGAUAGGUUACUUUUCCGUUAGUUUCUUGGCUAAUUAUCCUCUAGAGGUUAAAAUUUUCAAUAAGUCUCUGAAGACAAAGCUUCGAUUUUACUUUCAACUCACGCUCGACCCCUUUUUUGCCUUGCCGACAGGUGUAUCAUUUGCCUGAUAUAAUAUCCACCCACUAGCCACCUCCACUUCAGUGAAUAAUUGUUCGAUUUCUGUUGUGUUUUUGGGAAUCCGCUAAGCUUGGUCUAGUAACUUUGAGGAUCAUAUCCACCUUUAUCUUUAGUCUACAGUUCAUGUGUGUGUUUUACUUCAUGUUUCCACCGUUGAUAGGGAAUAAUUGUUAUUUAUCCUCUUGAAACGACCAACUUAUGAAAAGAUGUCGAGGCGCACUGAUUGUUGUAAACCGUGGUCUAAGAGCGCACACCAUAAGUUGGUUAAAUGGCCAUGAGAAUGUUUGGUUGAAAAGCUAUUAAAAUUAGUAUUUGUCAAAGCCUCGCACUGUGAUCUGAGAAAUUUGUACUGGUUCUAUAUUUUAACAUAUAUAUUUUUUCUUGCUUCACAGGACGAAGAGGACGACGUCUACAAACGAGACUUUGCAAAACCUACACUCGAAGAUCACUUUGAUAAAACAGUUAUCCCAAAAGUUAUGCAGGUCAGUGCGUGUAAUUCAGUGAAACAGCACACAUAUAUCCUUUAUAUCUCUCUAUUAUUUCUAAGACGGCUGUAAGACAGUUACCGUUUCCGCAGAAAAGAAGGAACCAAAAAUAAAAAACAAAAGGAAACAGACUUUUUCUUAGAUGUGUAACUCAAUCAAGAAGUUUGCAACAGGUCAUUUAUAUGGCGCUAGGCUCGAUUAUUAUGCAGCCGCUGUUUGGGAAAUCAGUCCGGACAAGACCGGACCAAGGAGUGCGGCGGAAAUCGAGCCUAAUAUGGAGGUUUCUUUUACUCUGAAAUUUGCUUGUUUGAUUUCCUUACCUUUUUCUAAAUGUUUGAAGGUGUAACGUACUUCCUUGUUUCCCUCAGGUGAAAAACUUUGGCCGGUCAGGUAGGACAAAAUACACCCACUUGGUGGAGCAAGACACAACACAGGUAAGUCAUUUGGAACAAUACCCGUUCUGGUUAAACUGCUUCCUCAUACCCCUGUGAAGUAUCUUCCGGUAUUGGAAACUGGUCUUUGAUGAGAUUCACUUGUUUUUAUGAAACUUUACUCCGUAAGGCUGUAACCUUUAAACAACUGAAGGGACCUGUUGUCCCUCUUGUGUUCCAUUUACGCCACGACUAAACCUGUUAAAGUUUCUUUCAAGUUCACUACAACGUCAGCAAUAUAAUAGCAAAGGGUCUGAGGGCUUUCCUUGAAUGGUAUUUUAAAAAGUAAUUUUUCCAGUAUCCCGUCAGUGGUUUUUACUGCGUCAAAGCUGGGUCAAAAGGAAAAACACAUUUUGUCGCUUUUUCGUUCCAAAGGCCUAUACAUCCGGUAUUGCGCGCGUCGAUCGCAAGGCUGAGAGACGUGUCACCUUUUAGUCGCUGCGUUAGCUGAGCAAGAUUUUUUCUAGCCGUUCGUUAAUACAAAAGAGUGAGAAAGCCAGAGCUGCCACCCAUGUUUGUUUAAACCGCACACUAUUACUGCGUGAAUCGACCUAAAUUCGAGCGAGACGACCUGCUACCUACUGAAAACUAAAUUAGAAUUAACAGAGUUACCAUAUCCGUUCUUGAUGCCUUGUAUUUUAUUCUCGUGUCUUUCUUUUAGAUGGAUUCGCCCUGGACGCAGGAUAACACUCUGGCUAUGAAGUUCCACACUGUUCGCGCUGGUGGAAGCAAACAAACGUUCCAGAGACCAAGCAAACGAAGAAAGUAA